GACAGUAGAUAGAGACGCUGCACGAUCCACCAAGAUUGAGCCCAAGGAAGUGAAAUACGUCCGUUGCAGCGACGGCAAAAUGACCACCGAUGACGCCAAGACCUAUCUUACAAAGCGAGAAAUACCUCGCUUGUUUGAGAGCUUGAUGACAGGUCUCAUGUACCAUCGGCCAUCUGAUCAUCUACAUUAUCUCAUCACCUGCCUGGAGAAAGUCCGCACAGAAGGCAUAGACAGCAUUCGCUGGAACUACUUUGUCGACCUGCGACGAACAAAGACGCCCCUCCCUCCCGUCACACCAAACAAUGGGAAACAUCAUGGAUCAAACAGACGGACUCCCACACCAAAGAAUGGACGCAAGACACCCAAACAUGAGCCCCUUCGAAGAGAACUUUCCAAGAGCCCAGUGCUACCCCCGAUAGGAGACCAAAGAAUAAAGCUCCCUAAUGUGCCCAUUGUCUUUUUAAUGGGAGGCCCAGGUAGUGGCAAGCUGACCCAAGUACAACGCCUGGUUCAGCGCUACAAUGGCUGGGUGCAUUUGUCCAUGGGGGACCUUAUUCGUCACCAGAUUGCCAGCAGGGGUACGGCUGAGGCGAAGUGGGACAUGGUGGCUGACCUGGUUUCUAAGGGAGAAAUGGCUCCAGAGGAUAUCACCAUUGAACUACUUAUUGACAACUUCAAGAAACAUCCCAGUGCCUCUGGUUUUAUUGUGGAGGGCUAUCCCAGAGACUUAAGACAAGUGCAGGAAUAUGACAAAUAUAUUGGCCGUGUGGACCUAGUGUUUCUGCUGGACUGUGAGGAAGCCUUGUGUCAGCAGAGGUUGUACCAGAGAGGCCAGGACAAAGGACGGAUUGAUGACAACAUGGCAGCCAUUGCCAAGCGCAUAGCCUUCUUCAAGCAGAACACGUUACCAGCCAUUAAACACUAUGAUGACCAAGGCAAACUUGUCAUGCUCGAUGGUGAUCGUGAUGAGGAAGAGGUAGCCUUUGAACUGGCAGCAUUAUUUGAUAACAUCUUCUACAAGAAGGGAGAAACACAACCAGAGUCCCAGGCUGCUGGUGAUGGAAUCAGCUGCCCAAAACCGCUGCCUCCGAUAGCAGCUCAUGUUCCCAGGCCACCCUCUGGACAAAAGCCUGUAUCACCCUAUAGAAAUGUUACUUCACCGCAGGCACAAUCAAGGGAGACAAAUCUCGUGUCUGCUCAAGAGAACGGCAUUGCUGCUGAAGCUCUGGAUGGUGGAAGAAAGCCUGGUUUGCCUAAGUGCCCCAUAAUCUUUGUGGCAGGAGGUCCUGGCAGUGGUAAGAGAGAUCAGUGUAAGCAUGUGGUGGAGAAAUACCCUGAUAUAUCUCAUAUAUCUGUGGGGGAGAUACUGCGUGCUGAGGUAGCCAGGAGAGAGGCAGAGGACAAUAAGUGGGGGGUGGUGCGGGACCUGAUCAACAGUGGAAGCAUGGCACCUGAGGACGUGGUCAUAGAUUUGCUGGAGAAAGCCAUUAGAGACAGAUCAGAGUCCAAGGCCAUCCUUGUUGACGGUUACCCCAGGAACACCGCUCAGUUGCAACUGUUUAAUGAUAAGAUAGGAGAAGGUGGUUAUGUUUUGCUGCUCGACACUUCAGAAGAUACGCUGACCAGGAAACUCGCUGAGCGAGGUGAAGAUGAAGAAAGACAGGACAGUCACCUGGAUGCUGUACAAAACCGCUUGACAACUUAUAAAAAUGACACCUUACCUGUCCUGAAACAGUAUGAUGAUACUAACAAACUGGUGGUGAUUGAUGGGGACAGAAAUACAGACAAAGUUUCUAAUGAUUUGCUCUUGUGGAUUGAUCAUCUUGUCUAUGGAUCAGACAAACCAGAAAUGGCAAAGCCAAAGGAGGUAGCAGUCAGUCCUCAGCACUCAGUCAAUGAGACAAGAGAGGGUGACAGUGCAGGGGAGGCAACCUACAUGGAGCAGGAGAGACAGCCUGAUCUGCCACAGUGUCCCAUCAUCUUCAUCACAGGGGGUCCUGGCAGUGGUAAGAGAGAGCAGUGUAAGCAUGUGGUGGAGAAAUACCCUGAUAUAUCUCAUAUAUCUGUGGGGGAGAUACUGCGUGCUGAGGUAGCCAGGAGAGAGGCAGAGGACAAUAAGUGGGGGGUGGUGCGGGACCUGAUCAACAGCGGAGACACGGCACCGGAGGAUUUGGUGAUAGAUCUCGUGGAGAAAGCCAUAAAGGAAAGGUCAGAGGCAAAGGCCAUCAUUGUGGAUGGUUACCCCAGGAACCUUGCUCAGCUCCAGCUCUUUAAUGACAAGAUCGGAGGAGCAGGCUUCAUGUUACUGAUAGACACUUUAGAAGAGAGGUUGACCAAGAAAUUAGCUGACCGAGGUCAAAGUGAAGAGAGGUCAGACAAUAACCUGGAUGCUGUCCAAAACCGACUGACAAAUUACAAAAACACCACCUUACCAGUCCUUAAGCAGUAUGAUGACACAGGCAAAUUAGUUUUGAUUGAUGGUGAAGCAGGAGAUGAAGAUGUGUUCUCAGUCAUCUGUGAGUGGAUUGAUCAUAUUGUCUUUGACAAAGAGAAACCCCACAUGGGGAUUCUACCAUCCAAAGGAUUGCCAGAAGAGAAUAAAGUUGCUGUUGGAGAAGAAAUAAUUGAAGCUGUCGUUGUAGCCGAGCAUGCUCAAAGUUUAGGGGACAUGGGAAAUCCUUAUCACACAGCCCAGUUAGACGCCACAGAAAUGUCUGGAAAAUCUGAUGAUGCUAGCAAAGAACAAAAUGUCAGCACAAGUGGCUUGGCAGAGAACUUAGGCGAUUCCCAGCAUGCAGAUGCCCAUGAACAAAGCUCGGUAAAUGCCAACACUAAUUUGGUGAGUGAUGACCAGCUAUCAACCAAACAGACUGAGGCAGAAACCCAAAAAGUGGUUUCAGAUGUACAAAAUGUGAUUGCAAAUCAAAAUAAGAAUGGAGAUGAAGCUCAAAAUGUGGAUGUGGAAGAAGCUCAGACGGGCAUCGUGAUUGAAAGCCAAAGUGCUAAUGGAGACAUAAUGCAGAAAGUGGAUGCAGGUGAAUCUCAAAACGAAAAUGGAGAUGACGCUCAAAAUGUGGAUGCGGAAGACACUCAAACAGGCAUCAUGAUUGAAAGCCAAAGUGCUAAUGGAGACGUAAUGCAGAAAGUGGAUGCAGGUGAAGCUCAAAACGAAAAUGGAGAUGAAGCUCAGAGUGGUAAUGUACAUGGUGCCCAAACUGAAAAUGAAGAAACCACUGGAAACAUGGCUGAUGAUGCCACACAAAUUAACAGCAAACCUCAAGAAAACCAGGAGGUAAACCUUGAUCAAGAUGAUAAAGUAGCAGCUAUGGCUCAGCAGGCUGAGGAUCUUGUGGGGAAAAAUGAGGAGGUGGUCAAGGCUGCUGGAGAUGAUGAAGAAACCGUUGACAAAAAUAAGGCUGUGGAAGAAGUAGCAGUGUAUGAGAACAGUGAGGAAGCACCAGUUGCCCGUGAGGUGGAUUCAGCUGAGGUGCAGAACAAGAACACUGAAGCUGAGAAGGAAGGCAAUGAGGAAGAUGAGACUCUGGUAAAUGGUGAUGCUAUCCAGGCCGUCGCAAGUGUCAACAUCAGUGAAGGUAGUGACACUGCAGACACCAGCAAGAAUGUGUAACUCUAUCUAUGUGCACCAAGUUGCCAUGUUCACAGAAGGCCUGUUAAAAUGCACUGCAUGCCCUUAUCCUGCACAAGGCUGUGAAUAUUAUGUGUGAAACGUGGCUUUCCAGUGGACAGGCCUUCAGCAAUGAUGCUGUUAUCACCGUAUCUAUACGCCAUCUGCGUACGUGCCAUGUAUGUGGACUACACUGAAUGAUUCCUUACUGUCACAGUGCACAACAACACUAUUCUAUACACUGCUACACAUCACACUGUCACUUACUGCAUCUUUAUUGUUACAUUUUACAGGAAUCAAAUAUUCUUCAUACAUGUUCAUGCAGAGUGGGAAAACUAAAAGACUUAAAAGAAGCUAUAUAGAAAUAUUCUUCAAUUGUGACGAGUUUUUUGACACUUAAUUCGCCUUCAGAAUUAUUGAUGUAGCACACACUGGCUGUGAACUGAAUAAAGCAGAAACACUGAUUUGUAGCAAUAUUUGUUGUCUUCAAAUGCAUAGAUGGUUAUCUUGUAUGAUCGAUCAGAUAUAAUUUAUAAAUAUAUGCAUAUUUGACUAAAACUAUAUGUAUAUGUAUGAAAGAUGUUUUGUUCUAACUUUGUCCUACAUUGUUUUGACUAAAUUACAAACAAAACUUUUCUACAUUUAUGUUCUGUCACUUCCAAAAAUGGCACCUCUUUAGCAUUUGCUAAUAAAUGUAGAUAAAUAUUUACACACAAAUUUGUGCUUCAAACUUAGAUGGAUGUUGUAUUUAUAUAUUUUAUUUUUUGAAGAUGAGAUGUGUGUAUAAUAUACAGAUAUUGAGACAGCUGGUAAUGCUUCUCUAUUAGUUGUUCAUAAAUGUAUUUUGUUAAUACUUUUGCUUUUACAGGACAUUGUUAUUUGUGAUAGUGCUCAAAUUGUAUUGCUCCUACUCUACUGUAAUUCUUCAAUCUUUUCGCGUGUUUGCAAGGUGUUUAUUUAAGCAGAUUCUGAGGGCACUUUUGUGUUAACUGAUAAAAUUAUACUUUUUGUGCAGCCCUGAAUUUGGCCAAUUGGAGAGUUUUUUCUCCAAAAUUAAAUAAAAAAUGUGCAUAAAUUGCAUUGAAAGUUGCUCUUUCAUAUGCGAAAAGGUUGAGGAAUUAGGGUGUAGCAAAAUACAUGAUACUGUAAGCAAAAUAGUUUGCUAUUCUGUAUGUAAUGUCACAUAUAGGCACAUGCAGCCAUGGUAUUAAGCCAACAAUUUUGAAUGCGACAGAUCGCAUGUUAGUUUUGAUGGGUCUACAGUUAAGCUUUCAGACAUGGGAUUGCAAUCAUGUUGAUAGACUUCUAGCCAGAGCCUACAUAUAUGUGCAGGUGAAGACAUGAUCAUGACAAUAUAAAUGAUACUUUGAUGUAUUUUGUUCUCAUCUGCUCCGUGAAGCUUUACAGGAGACUGAAUGAUGUAACAAAUACUGCACAUAUGCAUGUAUGAUUUACUGUUGCAUAUUGACUUUUUUAAUUUGCAUAAAAUGUCUUUCAUGUAUCAGAUGAUGCAUGAUAGGUUAUCUUUACCAUAUAUUUAUUUUUGUUACUCCCAAAUUUAUGGUUCAAUUUACAUGCAUGUUCCUUUAGCACCUUCAAGAUGGUGCAUGUCCAUGAUGAAUUCCAAGCUAUAAUGAAAACAUGCAAAUAUUUAAUACCUCAGGAAUAUGUCCUGAAAUAUGUACUUUUUCGGCUUUGUAGACCACAUUUUCAUACGAUUUAUAUAACUAUAUGAUUGUACAAUAUGUUUACUCUGUUGUGAGUUCUAUGAGAGUAUUAUUAAACCAUUGGCCUUAGAUAGGAUUGUAUGAAGGAGAUAUCUUCUGUAAAUUAAAUCAGUAUUAACAGUGCAUGUCAGCUGGCAGUUAAAGGCAUAGAAAAAUUCAAGACUGAAGGGCCCACUUCACAGUUCAGAUAGUUGAUUUUAAUGACUGCAGGUUUAUUCCACUGAAAAUUAUAUCUGUUAGAUGAUUACUACUUUCUGAUUUUUUUCCCUUAAAUUAGUCAAUUUUACUUUAUUGUUACUUUUUAUUGGGAACCAAAUUUGUGGGCAGAAUCAGAAAAAAAGAAACAAAAUGUUUUCGUAGAAUAUUGUCACAGUAUUUGUGAUUAUGAAUCUUGAGUGCUUUUUCAGCUAGUUUUGUUGCUUUUGGCAAGAACAUGUGAAUGUAAGCAAUGAGAGAACUCUUAUUCCUCUUAUGCAGAGGAAUCACCACACAUCUGUUGUCGGCAGAGGCUGUCAUAAAGUCAAGACCACAAAAGCAGCAUUAUGGCCAUAAGCUCACAUAUGCUCCAGCUGUGAAUUGCAUAGGCUUGGAAAAUAUAAUAUCUUUUCAUGAACUGCUUUUGCAAGUCUCAACAGGUUAGUUAAUUACAGAGACCACCAGGUUGACAUGGAUCUAGGGAAGGUUUAAUAAAGGUGUGACUAACAGUAAAUGUUUGUCACCAAAAAUUUUUUGGCUGUUCAGAUGUUGUCAAAUGAGAGUUACCCCAAUACCCCUAGCUCUGCAAUCACCUAUGUUUGUAUUCAAGUGCUACAGCUGUCAGAUCACUAGUGCUGAAUAUAUGGAGUGAGAUCCUCAUGUGUAAUUACAUCUGUAUAAAACUACAUGUAUUGUAAAUGACAUAUUUCAUCCAUGACUAAGUAGCACACCUGUGCAACCUCAAUCUUCCUCUGAACAUGCUCCUUUUGUGGGG